GUCACACUGAGCAUCAUGAACCGUCCAGCCCCAGUGGAACUGUGCCACAAUAACAUGCGAUUUCUUAUCACACAUAACCCAACAGACAGCACACUCGGCUCUUUCAUUGAGGACCUGAAGAGAUUCGGGGCCACAACAGUGGUUCGAGUCUGUGACGUCACAUAUGACAAAACGCCACUGGAGAAAGAUGGCAUUACUGUGGUGGACUGGCCCUUUGAUGAUGGUGCCCCGCCUCCAAGCAUACUAGUAGAUGAUUGGUUGAGUUUAUUGAAGAAGAAGUUUCAGGAGGAGCCUGGAUGCUGCGUUGCUGUUCACUGUGUGGCAGGCCUCGGAAGGGCUCCUGUGCUGGUCGCGCUGGCUCUGAUAGAGAGUGGAAUGAAAUAUGAAGAUGCUAUUCAACUGAUCCGACAGAAACGUCGUGGAGCGAUCAACAGCAAACAACUAACUUACCUGGAGAAGUAUCGAUCCAAGCAGCGGCUUCGCUUUAAAGACACUCACACCCAUAAGAACAAGUGUUGCACUAUGUGA